AUGAGUUCCCGAGGGAAAGUUGUCCACAAUGAGCUCGAUCUGUUGGCCGCGAAGAAUUCGGGGAAACUUUCUUUCCGAAUCGAGGACCCGAAACGGCGGCUUCGCGAUGGAAAAGACGAAAAGAGUGUAGGAAGUCGAGAGAAAGAUCGCGAGCCACGAAAAGAUGACCGAGACGCGAAUCGAAAUCGAGAAAAGCCACGAGAAUCCCGAGAGAAAGAGGACACCUCUAAAAGAGACAAGUUGAAAGAAAAGGACAAGGAGAGGGAAAAAGAAAGAGAAAAGGAGAGACCGCGAAGCAAAGAAGAGAGAAGAGAUUCGAAGACGAGCAGAGAUUUGAGAGAUUCAAAGGAUCGAGAUCAAAGGGACAGGGAGAGACGUCGAAGUCCAGAAAAGCCUCGAGAUCGAAAUGAGCCAGUUCGACGUGGACGCGAUGAGAAAGACACACGAAAAGAUGAUCGGAAAAGAAACGAACCGGAGAAAGCGAGCGAGAAAACGGCAAAGAGAAAGAAAACGAUCGAUGAAUCAUCAUCAGAAGAAGAGGAAUUCGAAGUGGCACCCUCGAUCUUUGGGAAACCGUUACCACAGAAAGGAAAAGGAGACGCAAAGAUGGAUGAAGAGGACAAAGAUUCAAAGGAGAAGGUUGAGGAAAACAAUGAUCCAACGACGUCCAAAGAGCAAACAAAACUCUUAAAUCAUGCGUCGAAGUUGGGUUUUGGUGUCGAGUCAACGAACUCACCCCACUCAGCUCCGUCACCGUCGCCGCCUAGUCCGGAAAGUGAUCUAGACUACGAAAUGCCGACGGUGUCGAAAGUUGAAGAGGAGAAGAAAGAGGAUCCAAUCCAAGAGACACAAAGACAAUCGCUCAGUGAUAAAACGGCUGUAUUCAGACAAGCCAUCGAGCACAUGAUUGGCUGGACGGCUCCUCCGGAUGAUCCACCACAGACAAGCCCUGAACCGCGGCCACAGAAAAGGAAACGAUCAAUGAAAGAUUUUGCCGAUCGAUAUAGACAAGACAUCCACGAGGAGGCCAAAGCCACCGUUGUCCAAUGGUACUACAACAGAGAGAUCGACAAGGGCGAGUACAAAGAGGUGAUGAAAGAGAUCGUUAAACCGUGUCUGAAAUACCAAAUUCGUUCCAAGUCCGAGAUCCGCAAGCGAGCGAUCAAAGUGCUGCAGGAUCGAAAAAAGAAAUUCUCUUCU